AUGGCCAAGGCAUCAAGGAUCAGUGGGGCCACAGCCUCCCCACUCCCCGGUAGCCCCGUGGCCACCACGGCUCCGCCGGGCUUCCUCAGUGGCUUCGUUGGCCGCAUCCCAUUACCCAGAUGGGCGCUCAUUGCCGUGGCUCUGGUGGUGGCUGUUCUCCUCCUCCUCUUCCUCAUCUGCAUCAUCAGGUGCUGCUGUGCCAAGAAGAAGCCUAAGAAGAAGGAGAAAGUCACCCUGCCUGCCCUCAGCAGCUCCACCACAGCCAGCCUUGUCCAGCCCGAGAUGGAGGACCUGGAGCUGGGCCCGGAGCAGAUGGGGCGAGGAAAGCUGCAGUACUCGCUGGAGUACAACUUCCACGCGCAGGAGCUGAAGGUCGGCGUGAAGCAAGCAGCUGAUCUGAAGGCCAUGGACAACAGGGGCACGUCUGACCCUUAUGUUAUCGUCUACCUGACGUCUGAUAUGAGGAAGAAGUAUGAGACCAAGGUUUACCGCAAGACCCUGAGCCCUGUCUUCAAUGAGAGCUUCACUUUCCAGCUGCCCCAGGCGGAGGUGUCCGAGUCCACGCUGGUGAUGAAGAUCCACGACUUCAACCGCUUUGCCAAGCACGACACCAUUGGUGAGGUCCGCCUGCCACUGGCCAGUGUCAACCUGCAGCACGUCAUCGAGCAGUGGAGCGACCUGGCAGUGGCCAGCAAAGUCAAGCAAGAGCAGCUGGGAGAUAUCUGCUUCUCGCUGCGCUAUGUCCCCAGCACCGGCAAGCUGACAGUGCUCAUACUGGAAGCCAAGAAGCUGAAACGGAUGGACUCCCACGGGCUGGCAGAUCCCUUUGUCAAGGUGCAUCUCAUCCUGAACAGGAAGAAAUGGAAGAAGAAGACAACAAGUGUGAAGAAAAACACCUUGAGCCCUUACUUCAACGAGGUGUUUGUCUUUGAGGUGCCUUUCAACCAGAUUCAGAAUGUGGAUGUUGUCAUCUCCAUCUGGGACUACGACAGAGUGACCAAGAACGAGCCCAUCGGCAAACUCUUCCUGGGCUGCCGGGCCACGGGCAACCAGCUGCGGCACUGGUCCGACAUGCUGGCCAACCCGCGCCGGCCCCUGGCCCAGUGGCACAGCCUGCAGCCCGCCGACGUGGUGGACAAAGCCCUGGGGCUGAAGUCCCACCUCAAGCUGCCCCUGGCCACCAGAUAG